AUGUUUAGGCUUACCUUGAGACCAUUGAAACAAAACAGGGCUAUCUGGGGGACUAGACGUUAUGCUAAGGGUUCCGCACUUGGAAUUGAUGCGAGUGUGGAAAACAACCUCCAAACUGAAACGAACCGAGUGUCUAAGACUUUACAGAAAUUCUGGAAGGUGGUGUCAGCUCGCGAGUCAGGUGGAAAUGUCACCCUUACCCUGGAUAACAAACCGAUCAGAACUCCGCUUGGAAACAGCUUAACGGUGCCUAAAGAUCGUCAGUUUCUGGCACUUGUUUUGCAGAAUGAAUGGUCCAAUCUUACCACACUAUCGAUCAAACCUCACACUUUGCCCGUAACCUCAAUUGUGUCUCGCUGCAUAGACCUGGAAUAUGUAUCGACGCCCAACGCUGAUGGAGAAUUGGUGGCCAAGAUUGGUGGCGAUCGUAAGCAGAUAGCACAGACUUUGCUGCGCUAUCUGGACACUGAUACUUUGCUGUGUCUAUCACCAAAAGCAGAAUAUGAGGGAGCCUUGAGGGCUGCUCAAGAUAAACUUUAUCUUCCAGUUAUAAAAUCUGCAGAAACAUUCCUGUCGAAAUUCGCCGAAGAACCUGUUGCGAUUCAAGUCCUCGACGCGGAUAUUCACGGUAUGAGAGGUAAUUCUCAACUGGAGCCUACCAGAGCGGCUGCCCUCAAGUAUAUAGACUCCCUGUCUAUGUGGGACUUGGCCGUGUUUGAGAAGACCGUAUUAACCACAAAGUCCUUUAUUUGUGGCCUGUUACUCCUUCAAAACAAAUGCCAGGUUCCGAAGACCGAGAUGCCUAUAACAAUGGAGCAAAUCGCUCAAUGUGCUACACUGGAAAUUAUUUACCAAACGGAAAGAUGGGGUGAAGUUGAAGAUACUCACGAUGUGGAUCAUAGAGACAUCAGGCGGAACGUCAACGCUGCCUGCAUAGUUGCGUACCAGGAAUGA